AUGUCCUCCAAGCCCUCUUGCACCCCCAGCGUGUCCAUCUCGCUGGUGCCGUCGAGCUCCCAGCCCGGCCCCGGCCGCCUGCUCUGCUCCGUGAUGGAUUUCUACCCUGCGCCGGUGCAGGUGAGGUGGUUCCAGGAUGGGCAGGAGCUGCCGGAGCACGUGGUGGCCACCGAUGUGGUCCCCAAUGGGGACUGGACCUACCAGGUGCUGGUGCUGCUGGAAAUCCCCCCCCGGCGCGGGGUCACCUACAGCUGCCAGGUGGAGCACGUCAGCCUGGAGCACCCCUCAGCCGAGAUGCCACCGGACACCGUCCGCAGCAAGAUCCUGGUGGGGGUCGGGGGCUUCGUCUUGGGCUUGGUCUUCCUGGCGCUGGGGCUCGGCUUCUACCUGCGGGAGAAGAGCUCCUGA